AUGGGGUGAACUCGGGUGAACUAAAGGACAAUCGUGUAAGUUACAUAUUCGUGUUUAGUCGACGCUCAGUUAUAUGAAUAGAACGUACGCUUACAUAUGGAUAUAAUCUUAAAUAACAUUUGUUUAAUGUAAGGAAAAAUAAGUUAAACGGGUUUUUUUUUUCUGCUACUGUUGUUUUCGUGUCCAUGCUGACAUCCCCGUGCUUGCUUUGUUAUUCCUAUGAGUGUUUUUUUAUUAUUAUUAUUCCGUCAUUUUAUAGUGGUGUUGACUGUUUUGUCACGGUCUACUGAACACAGUCUAAAUUUGCCGAGGCACGCGCAACAUGUCACUAGCUAAUCAAGCGUGUGUAAAGCAACGACACGUUAGAUGAAGUUUCGAUGCGUGAUUCAUCGGCCACGGAGGCAGAGAUCCAGCUUCAACAUGGAAAACGUUUUCCUUGAGCAAGGCUGAAGACGUCACCUAAUCUUCUUCUUCUUCUUUUUUUUUUAUUUUUAUUUUUUUUUACCCUGAAUAUAGAAGUCUGGUGUUGCCUAGUUUGGGAUUAGCUGGAUCAUUCGUAAACUCACAAGGGACUGCAGUUCAUUUUUGAGUGAUGGUUGUCAAUACGAUCCACUGGUUCAGAAAGGGCUUAAGGCUCCAUGAUAACCCAUCUCUGCUGGACUCUGUAAGAGGAGCUGAUACUCUGAGAUGUGUUUACAUACUGGACCCCUGGUUUGCAGGAUCGUCCAACGUGGGAAUCAACAGAUGGAGGUUUUUGCUGCAGUGUCUUGAGGACUUGGACGCCAGCCUUCGCAAACUUAACUCUCGCCUCUUUGUCAUCAGGGGACAACCCACGGAUGUCUUUCCAAGACUAUUUAAGGAGUGGAAAAUCAGCCGGCUGUCAUAUGAGUACGACUCCGAGCCCUUCGGGAAGGAUCGUGAUGCAGCCAUUAAGAAGCUGGCCAGUGAGGCAGGGGUGGAAGUCUUCGUCAGGAUCUCCCACACACUCUAUGAUCUGGACAAGAUUAUCGAGUUAAAUGGAGGACAGUCUCCUCUUACCUAUAAACAAUUUCAGACACUCAUCAGCAGAAUGGAUCCUGUGGAAAUUUCAGCCGAGACUAUCACGGCUGAAGUCAUGGGCAAAUGCGUAACACUCAUCAGCGAAGACCAUGAUUACAAGUUUUGCGUACCCUCACUGGAGGAGCUCGGUUUUGAAACAGAGGGGCUGUCAACAGCUGUUUGGCCUGGUGGAGAGACUGAAGCUCUGACUCGAUUAGAGAGACACCUGGAGAGGAAGGCUUGGGUGGCUAAUUUCGAGCGUCCCAGAAUGAAUUCUAAUUCCUUGCUGGCCAGCCCCACAGGCCUGAGCCCUUACCUCCGGUUUGGCGCCUAAUAGUGCCUAUCCUGCAGACUUUUCUAUUUCAAACUCACAGACCUCUAGAGAAAGGUCAAGAAGAACAGCGUCCCACCACUGUCCCUUUACGGUCAGCUGCUCUGGCGUGAGUUCUUCUACACGGCUGCCACUAACAACCCACACUUCGACAAAAUGGAGUUUAAUCCCAUCUGCGUGCAGAUCCCGUGGGACAGGAAUCCCGAAGCCUUGGCGAAGUGGGCUGAGGGCCGGACUGGUUUCCCAUGGAUUGAUGCCAUAAUGACCCAGUUGAGGCAGGAGGGGUGGAUCCACCAUCUGGCCAGGCACGCUGUUGCUUGCUUCCUCACGCGUGGAGACCUGUGGAUCAGCUGGGAAGAGGGCAUGAAGGUGUUUGAAGAGUUGUUGCUGGAUGCUGACUGGAGCGUCAACGCAGGAAGCUGGAUGUGGCUUUCAUGCAGCUCAUUCUUCCAGCAGUUCUUUCACUGUUACUGUCCGGUGAGCUUCGGUCGACGUACCGACCCUAAUGGAGACUAUAUAAGGCGGUAUUUGCCCAUAUUGAGGGGCUUCCCGGCCAAAUUCAUCUAUGAACCUUGGAAUGCCCCAGAAAGUGUUCAGAAGAUCGCUAAGUGCAUAAUUGGAGUGCACUACCCCAAACCCAUGGUUAAUCACGCUGAGGCCAGCAGGAUAAACAUUGAGCGAAUGAAGCAGAUUUACCAGCAGCUGUCCUGCUACCGGGGCCUUGGCCUCCUUGCAACUGUUCCAUUCAGCACAGCCAACAAUGGAGAUGGUAAUGGAGCAGGUCCUUCCUCAGCAGACAUCCCACAGGAAAGCACUCGCAUUACAGUGCACCCAUCAAGAGCAAGUUCUCAACCAGACUUCCAACCUUUUAGAGUAUCUUGUGAUCAACAUCCUGUCAACAGUGUGCAGCCACAGCCAGGUCCAUUAGUUGGUGAUAUAGUUCACAAACAGUUAGAAAGAGAAAGUGGGACGAGUACUUUGAAGCGACAUAGUGAAGAACGAGCAUCAGAACAUGCAUUGAAGUUUCAGAGGCAAUAUAGUUACUAGCCACCACGGAAGCAAGGACAUGCACCUCUUGUCAGUCUAUGGGACCUGUGGCAUGAUGGACAGCGUCUCCGCAUGGCCGUUAUCGACUACUCCAUGCUAUAGCUUUGCCCUUUAUGCUUUGGCAUGGUGUCUUUCUGCUUGUAAAGCUUGAGUGUGCAUUGAGGUCAAGCGUGGAGAUACGUUUUUGUCUAGCUGAAUGUUGAUGAAUUGUGGAGGAAAAUAUUUUGUAGUCUUUACCCAAUCCUACUGUCAUUCAUCUGUUUCUCUUUCCAAGUGUGUAUGUUGCAUACCAUUUGAUGUCCCUUUGUGCAAUGUUAUCUGAUUGUUUUGGCAAUAACUGUUUUAAACAAUUCUAUAUAUCCUCCAAUUGAGAACGUUUAUGCUCUUCACCAAGUCAAAGAAUUUGAUUGAUCUAAAUGUUCAAUUCUAAUUUAUAAAAAGGCUAAUUUAUAAAUAUACACAUUGACAAAACUGUAAAGUCCAAAAAUCUGUAUAUUUUUUCAGUAACUAUAUCAAGGAGGCCUUUUGCUCUUAAGCACAAGUGGAUUUGUUUCAAGACGAUUACUGGGAAACCAGGCCUAUUAUGUAUAUAAACAUAUACUGUAAGUUCAGUCUGCAAAACAUUGUAUAUAACUUUUUCUUGCUUAUUUACAGACUCGCUGUUAUAUUUUUUAUAUGAUAUUUAUUUUGGAUUUGUGUAAUAAUGUCUUUGUAAAUCACCAUUAAAACAUGAUAGACUUUU